GGUAUGCUAUUCGCCUUCUGGAGACUUCUUCGCCAUCGAUGGCAGUAAUAGCACAGUGGUGAAAUAUUCCAGGAACAAUGUCGGAAAAUACAAGAUUUCUGACAAAAGCAAACUUCCACACCGACCACGUGAUAUUACCUACGUCAAGAUACUGUGGAACGGUGUGACGUUUUCCGGCCUUGCCAUCACCUUGGAAACAAACAAAAUGGCGUACCUGACAGAAUCACUAGAAACAUGGCGACUGAUUAAAACAGACGGGGAGUACUCUGGUGUCUGCUGUCUCCCCAACACAAACUUACUGGUUGUUGUCAACUCCAUGACGUCAUCUGUUGACGUCAUCACAGCGUAUGGACUGUGUCUGUAUAGCUACCGAAUGCCAAAUCACGUAUGUAAAUCUCAUGGUUAUUUGGCUGUGACACUGUUCAAUGACAAUCCGGUUAUUAUAGUAUCAGCUCAGACAGGAAUCAUUUGCAUGAACAUGAACUGGUCUGGAAAACGAGGAAUUCGAAAGCCUGAGCUUAGCCUAAGAAGCAUACAGAGGUACGUUCAUCCGGAAAAAGACAGAUUCAAACCGGAAGGGCUAUGUGCCAUUGGGAGCCAUGUACUGGUAGCGGAUUUUUCUGGGAGUAGAGUGGUCAAGUUCAAGUUGAUGGCUGGGGCGGCUGGAACAAACCGUCUCUUCCUGUACAAGAUUGGCGAGCAUGAUGUCUUGGAACCUCUGGCCUUAGAUAUUGUGCCCCUAGAAGAUGGGGCUGCCCAAAUCGGGGUGGCACGGCUGAAGGGCAGGGCCCCUGGCUACCACCUUCUGAAGUUCAUCAAUAUUACCCUGGGGGAUAACGAGCGUCGCGGACAGAGGGGCAUUAGCUUAUACAGUCCCUCCUCGUCGUCCGCAUGAUAAGACCAU